GUAUGAGCUGUAAAGGCCUGUGUACAUAUGUAUUAUCACGGGCAGUGUCUUCCGUCUUAAAAGUCACGUCAGGGAGGAGGUCAACUCACAAGACCUGAUAGCGACAGACGCACGCGUAUAAUUCCUUCACGAUGAGCGAUAAAAAGCGCGGAGCAAAUGUGUUGGAUAGUUCUAGGAUGUUCUUCGCCGGUGGAAUGGCAGGCGCUAUCGCCCGGACGUGUACAGCGCCCUUGGAUCGCAUCAAGCUGCUAUUCCAGGUCCAGGCUGUUGCGGGGCCUGGAACGUCACCCACAGCAUACACGGGCGUCGGACAGGCGGCGAUGAAAAUCAUCCGGGAGGAGGGCUUCCUGGCGUUCUGGAAGGGCAACGGCGUCAACAUCAUCCGCAUCUUCCCCUACUCGGCGGCGCAGCUGGCGUCCAACGACACCUACAAGCGGCUGCUGGCGGAUGAGAAGCACGAGCUGUCGGUGCCUCGGCGGCUGCUGGCGGGCGCGUGCGCGGGCAUGACCGCCACCGCGCUGACACACCCGCUGGACACGGUGCGGCUGCGCCUGGCGCUGCCAAACCACCCCUACAAGGGCGCCAUCGACGCCGCCACCAUCAUGGUGCGCACGGAGGGCAUGAUCUCGCUGUACAAGGGACUGGUGCCCACGCUCAUCGGCAUUGCGCCCUACGCCGCGCUGAACUUCGCCUCCUACGACCUCAUAAAGAAGUGGAUGUACCACGGCGAGCGGCCCCAGUCCGCGAUGGCCAACCUCUUGGUGGGCGGCACUAGCGGCACCAUCGCCGCCAGCAUUUGCUACCCGCUCGACACCAUCCGCCGCCGCAUGCAGAUGAAGGGGCAAGCCUACAAGAACCAGAUGGACGCGUUCCGCACCAUCAUGGCGAAGGAGGGCAUGCGCGGCUUCUACCGCGGCUGGGUAGCCAACACCGUUAAGGUGGUGCCGCAGAACGCCAUUCGCAUGGUCAGCUACGAGGCCAUGAAGAACGUGCUGGGAGUCAAGAAGGCCAAGACUGACACGUAACGGCUGCGUGCGGCGUGUGUUGGUGGUGGUGAACAUACUUCCCAGUAAUGCAAUAAAGUGAGGGGUGCCGUAGUAUUUAUUUGUGGAAUGGAGGCGUGGCAUGGGGGUGGGCGGGUGAAAGCUCACUGGGCGGACGGUUAGGCUGCAGGUUAUGGAUACUGCGACAUAGCACGGAUUAGGUCGAUUCCCACGGUCGAUUCCGGACAAGACAGCAUGUGUGUGGGCAAACUGUUUGGCGCGGUGGCACUGCGACGGGCCUGCAUUAGUGUGUGAAACUUUGGGCACAUCCCGCACUGCAUGAAGUCAAUAGUACAUUUGUUCAUCUGCCUGCAUGUCUGGCUAAUUCAUUGGUGAUUGCGCCACUGCAAUGGGCGCAUAGGCUAACAUCAUAGCACCGUAGGGUCGGGCUAGCACGGGUAGGUCAGACUGUGAGCGUAACUUUUUAUACGGCUUUUUGCCAUCAAGGCGACCAGGCGGUACUGGUGACAUAUGAAGUUAGGGGAUAGUAGGUAGAGGAUGUGUUGAGGUGGUGAUUCGGCUUGGAAGCGUGUACGUGGAAGCUUGUACGGGGUAGCUUAAACGGCAGCUCGGGGCAGCUCGAGGUCCUCGGACCCUGGACCCACUAUGUAAACCGAAACCCUG